GCCUUCGCACCGAGAGCUUAGAGAAGAAGAAGAAACGGAAGGAAGAAAGAAACCCCUGUGGGAGCGCGUGUGUCUGGUGCGUUGGGUCCUGUGGCUGAGAGCUCCGGUGAAAAAAUCCUCCAGGUGAACGUGAAAGCAGUGGCCGGGGUUUUAAGUGAGAUACACCGCGAGAGGGAAAGAAAAACUUCCCUUCACUCCUUUAUUCUCCUCCUCGGACAGAUGAGCUUACCGGCCGAGCGCUGGACCAUGUGAGUACAGAGAACGGAGCGAGAGACGUCCUGUUCGAGCGAGAGAACGGGUGGAGGAGAGGAGUGGCGGAGGAGCAGCCGGAGGAGGAGGACGAGUCAGUUAGCGGAGGAAUGGGCGUGGGGAAGAACUCCACCUGCAAAUCCAUGGACUCCAACACAGAGCCGGACAAAUAUGAGGAAGAGAAACACAGUGCAAACUUUUACCCUAUUCCGGUGGUGGUUAAUGGAGUGUCCCCGACCCCUGGUGAUCAGGACAGGGAGGACACCGAGCUCAUGGCCAUUUACACUAAAGAAAGACAAGCAGCUGAUAAAAGCUCGUUAUCGGAGACGGUGGACAGCACAGAUGGUGAGGACGCCAGGAGACUGGACAUGAUCUACACCAUAGAAGACACACCGCCCUGGUAUCUGUGCAUCUUCCUGGGUUUACAGCACUACCUUACAUGCUUCAGUGGGACGAUCGCUGUUCCCUUCCUGCUGGCCGAGGCCAUGUGUGUGGGAUUCGACCAAUGGGCUACGAGUCAGCUGAUCGGAACCAUAUUUUUCUGCGUGGGCAUCACCACACUACUACAGACUACCAUCGGCUGCCGACUUCCAUUAUUCCAAGCCAGUGCUUUUGCAUUCCUUGCCCCAGCCCGAGCCAUACUUUCAUUAGACAAAUGGAAGUGUAACACAACAGAUAUUCCUUUGGUAAACGGAACCGAACUCCUGCACACGGAGCACAUCUGGUACCCCAGGAUACGAGAGAUUCAGGGGGCAAUAAUCGUGUCCUCUCUGGUGGAGGUGUGUGUGGGGGCGCUGGGUCUCCCGGGAUUGUUGCUGAAGUACAUCGGGCCUCUCACCAUCACGCCCACUGUGGCCCUAAUCGGCCUGUCUGGCUUCCAGGCAGCGGGGGAGAGGGCGGGCAAGCACUGGGGCAUCGCUAUGCUUACUAUCUUUCUGGUGCUGCUGUUUUCUCAGUACGCUCGCAACGUGCAGCUGCCACUUCCCAUCUACAAAGCCAAAAAAGGCUGGACCUCCUACCGCCUCCAGCUCUUCAAGAUGUUCCCUAUCAUCAUGGCGAUCCUGGUCUCCUGGUUUCUGUGUUUCAUCUUCACCGUGACAGACGUGUUUCCUCCACAGAAGGAUCAGUAUGGUUACUACGCACGCACAGACGCCAGGCAGGGCAUCCUGGCAGCUGCACCCUGGUUUAAGGUUCCCUACCCAUUUCAGUGGGGGUUGCCGACGGUAACCACAGCCGGGGUGAUCGGGAUGAUGAGCGCGGUGGUCGCCAGCAUCAUUGAGUCUAUUGGAGAUUAUUAUGCCUGUGCGCGGCUGUCCUGCGCCCCGCCUCCUCCUGUACAUGCUAUUAACAGGGGGAUUUUUGUCGAAGGCCUGUCCUGUGUACUCGACGGUUUGUUCGGCACAGGAAACGGCUCCACAUCUUCCAGUCCAAACAUCGGUGUUUUGGGGAUCACGAAGGUGGGCAGUAGGAGGGUGAUACAGUACGGCGCGUUGUUUAUGCUGCUGCUCGGCACCGUGGGGAAGUUCAGCGCUCUGUUCGCGUCCCUCCCGGACCCCGUGCUCGGCGCUCUGUUCUGCACGCUCUUCGGCAUGAUCACGGCCGUGGGUUUGUCCAACUUGCAGUUCAUCGAUCUCAAUUCCUCACGCAACCUAUUCGUCCUCGGCUUCUCGAUCUUCUUCGGGCUGGUCCUCCCCAACUACCUCAGGGGAAACCCUCUCGUCACCGGAAUUGUGGAGAUCGACCAGGUGCUGAAUGUUCUUCUUACCACAGCCAUGUUUGUGGGCGGAUCUGUGGCCUUCAUUCUGGACAACACUAUUCCUGGCACUCCGGAGGAGCGCGGGAUCCGUAAGCUGAAGCGCGGCUCGCGUUCGGGUGCCUCUGAACUAAAAGGGAUGCGAUCCUACGACUUGCCAUUUGGCAUGGACUUCCUGCGGCGCCACCGCAUCUUCCAGUACCUACCCAUCAGCCCCACGUUUGCCGGCUACCAGUGGAACAGACUGGGUGGAGCCUGUCGGGGGCGGGGCAGCAUGCGGGAAGAGGAGGGCGUGGCUGUAAGAACGGAGGCAGGAGAAAGCAGAGUGUAGCGUGGAGCUGCUCUGUUCAUCACGCUGUUCUCAAAGCCCUCGUUGUGUGUGUGUGUGUGUGUGUGUGUGUGUGUUUCGGGUUAGACGAUGUCCACACAAUUUUGAUCUUCGACAACACCUAUCGCGUGACUGGACACUACUGGAGUGUUCCAACAUGUGGAAGUCCUGGAAACAUUCCACCAGGGGGCGACGCUAUUAGACUGUUUGACAAAAAUUACUCGUUCUUUAUUUCCUGAGCAAACCUGCACUGCACUGAGAAAUGCUUCGAAUAUAUAUAUAUAUAUAUAUAUAUAGCCCGUAUUAGUGUUCACGCAGCACACAUCGUUAAUUCUGUUUCGCACUUGAUUAUGCAAGAAAAAAACACACUUCUGAUCCGAUUCCUUUCUUCAGUCUUAUAACCCUCGCUGGACUGUCCAGACACUUACAUUUCCAUCGACUUGAAACCCUCUCGGCGCAUCGUCUCUGUGCUGAACCUUUCAUUCGUUCAAAUCGUUUUUUUCUGUGUUUGGAAGACAGGACAUGUGAAGCAAAGCCUGAAAGGGAACUUUUUAUCGGGGGGAAAAAAACAUGUAUUUUGUGUCUGGACGUUCACUCCUUUGUGUAGUAAUCUGGCUUCUAGUCAUCACCGUGUUGCAGUCAUGCUACACUGAAAUGCAAUUAUGCUUUUUCAAUCUGUUUACUCUUUAUCGCAUCAUCGUUUGGAUGUUCCUGCUGAACUCGCUUGAUGCGUUGUAAUUGGAAUGGAAGGUCCUGAGUUAAAAUCCCAGCCCCACCAUGCUACCACUUGCUGGGCCCUUAAACAAGGCCUUUAACUGCUGUUGCAAUUAAAUUAAAAAAAAAUUUGUAAAAGUACAAAUAUUUCUAAAAACAGCUCCUAAAAAAACAAUGCUGUCAUAUUUUAUACGUUUUUUUUAAACGGCCUAGGGAACGAAGUUCUUCAUGAUCACCAAGAACUGUCCAGCGUGAUGAUCCUUUCGUGUUUAUAGCUACAGCAUAUGGACAAAUGUUUGCGGACACUUGAGCAUUUCUAUGUGCUCCUGUCUGAACAUCCCAUUCCAUAUUUGCUCUUAUAAUAAACUCCACUCUUCUGGACAGAUGUUCCACUAGGUUUUGUGGAGAUCUAUGUGAAGAUUUAUUCACAAAGGAGUUAAAGUCAGGUACUGAUGUAGGUGAGGUGAGGAGGACUCGGGUGCAGUCAGCGUUCACAUUCAUACUGGUGGGAUGGAGCGCUAUAGCAGGAGAUCUUCCACUCAAACCCAUGGAAAGCAUAUACUCUUUAGGGAGAUGAUCCAUCAUUGUAAUGAUGGAACAGGUAUUCGGGUCUAUCAGUUCAAGUGAAGGAACGGCACAAUACAAUUUGUGUGCCGCCAACUUUGUGGUAACAGUUUGGGGAAGAAGAACAAAAGGCUGGAAAGGUCUGGUGUCCCAAUACAUUUGUCCAUGUAGAGUAACAGGAAAUCACUCCAUCAUUUAAAGUAUUUCAGAAGAGACUGUUGCAUCAGUAUGUCUAAAGAAAAAAAAGGAGCAAAAUCUCAGACACCAAACAUGUUGAUGGAUUGCUUUUGGGUGAUGCAUCUUUUUUCCCUUCGAAAAGGUUCCCUUAAAAAAUUGUAAAUAUCGAAAAAGAAAAGUGGCAGAAGCUCUUGAGUUCUGAUCUGUCAGUUUGAAAGUCCCUGUCUCUCUUUUCUCUUUCUAACUUUCUCUCAUUUCACGUUGCCGUUUUAUACAAGCGGUGCUUUUAAACCUUAAGGCUCUACCUGGCGUGGGGUUUUGCUUGGUUUUUUUUGUUUGUUUUUAUUCCAGUGCAUGUGCUGCGAUGUCGGACAAAGAGUCUCGUAAAAAAGCAGCUUUGUUAACGUUCUAAUGCUCGAGGCGAGCACGUCGCUUUUUUUUUUCCAGCCACGCAGACGCGUACGCUUUUGCGUAUUUAUUUAUUUAUUUAUGCUGGUCUGAGCGUUAGGUGAGAAGGAAAUGAAAAAAAUCCAGGCGAUAUGAGAGAUUUUAUUUACUGGAUCCUUUUACAGCCGAAUUGGUGCUUCAUGAGUCACAAAAAGUCAUUCCCACGCCUCGCAGAAGCUCUCGUCUCUGCUCCACGCUAAUGGAUAAACUUGUUUCACUGGGCUGCAUCAGCGAGGGAGAACCCGAGCAGCGUUCAAAGCGAGUUCAUUUUCUGAGUUUGAUUCUAAUCCAGGCUGCAGAUUUGUUUUAUAUCAAUAUCAAUAUACACUAUAUAGAUAAAAGUUAGUGGACAUCUGACCAUGUGCUUUUUUUGAGCAUCCCAUUCCACAUUUUAGUUCCAAUUUGCUCCUAUAAUAGGUAGUGAUGAAGGUGAGGUGAGGAGGCCUGGGGUGCAGUCAGCAUUCACGUUGAGUAGGGUUGAGAUCAGAGCUGUAUAGCAGGAGAUCUUCCACUCCAAAACCAUGGAAAGCAGAUCUUGUUCUGGUGCUGUGUACAUGAUGGCGCCUCUAGAGGAUGUUCUAUAGAAUUGUCUGCCUUCGACUUUGUAAAGGAAAGUCAGGUGUCCCAAUACUUUUGGCUAUACAGUAGUUCUGGUUCACUUCAGGAGAAAUCCUUGAAUUCAAUGUUGUUGUUUAACCAGUGGUGUGAAAAAACUGUGAAAUGUGAACGCAGCUCAUCACGUCCGAGGCGUCCGGGGGAAAUCUCGCUCGGUGCAGCUCAGACACACAUUUUACAUUUCCACAGCCGCUCUGUGUGCCAGUAUUGAGGGGUGUCACCGGGCUCUGCGCAGGAGUCGGAAGAGUCAACCUGCUGUUUACUACAAGUCUGGCGAAAUAAGCUGGAGUACUGAAAACACAAGUAUCACUGCAAAAAAAAACACCGUCGUGAAAAUCAGCGCCGUGAAACGUACCAUUUAUUUCAGGACUCGACAGUAAGGGUCGAGCGAUACGACCCAAAUAUCAUAUCGCGAUACCUGAAGGGGUUUUAGGAUAAAAUACCUGACAGGAAAAUCAGCUGCAUUUUGUUUGUUUUUAUAUUUGAUGCUGAAAAAUUGGGGAAUUUAACAACAUCUUUGUUUUAUCCGUCAGUUUGCAGUCCAGGUGUAAAUAUUACUAUGUUUUAAAAUUUCAGCAAAGAUUUACAGGAUUCCAAUUUCGAUGUCGUAUUGCACUAAAGAAGAAUUCCUCUGCAAUUGUAGUUUUUCGAGUAAAAUUAGGGAGCACAACUACAAAGAAUUUGCCAAGCUCUCUUUUUUUUUAAUUAUUAUAAUUUUUUUUUUCAUUGUUGAAUUCAUCAGUAAAUCUUUAAAUCUGUAAAUCUUUCAACAUUACAAACAUCCAUUUUUUUUUUUAAAGUGUAACUGACCGGAAUAACAUGCAUCAUUUAUUUUUUUCUUUCUUUCUUAGAAAACAGUCCAUCAAAACCUGUUUGUAGAAAAAAUCACCUUGAAACCUCAAACACCAAAAAAAAAAAACGUUAUGUAAACCCCGUUUCUAACUUUAACUCGUAACAUACGCAGGUUUUUGAAUUAAUUUUGUUUAUGGGAAAGAAAAAAAAAUGCAAAUGUGACAACCAAAAAGUUUUUUUUACUUUUAGGGUAAAUACAAAUUUAAAAAGUGGAAAGAAAAAGACAAAAAUUCUAAAUUCUUAAUAUAUUUCUGAAACCUGAUCAUCUCUUUGUUGAAUUUACGUAUUUGAUUCAAUACUAAUCGUAAAUAAAUAUAAAAGUGGUGCACCGAAAUAUUAUAUACACAAUAUGGUCAAAAGUUUGUGGACACCUGACCAUGUGCUGUUUUUUUUUCUCUCCCAGGAUUUCACAUUUCCAAAGGAUUUUAAAAUUUUUUAUUGUAUUUUUUUUUUUGCAGUGCAUGUUAUUUCAGGGGCGGAGUUAACCCUAUAACACGUGUCGCCCCGUGUAUAUACCGUUUCUCGUGUAAUACCGUACAUUAUAACAAACCACAAGCGUCCCUUCCUCACUUCUUCAGCACCAUGUUCCCCAAAUCCAUUCUUCUUUCUCUCUUUUUUUUUUUUUUUUUUAAUGUUCUCGAAUGCUGAAUACGACUCGAACGGACCUUCCUGCUAAAACCUCUCACUUUCUCUCCGAUCUUAGCGGUUACUAUGGUAACACUUGCAGUCUGAUCGUCAUAAGGAUUGAGAAAUUAUACGGAUUUGUUUUUUUUUUUUUUUUUUUGUGGCAGAUCUCGAGUUUUUAUUUAUAAUAUCACGUAUUCUAAUAACGUGAUUUAAGAUUUGACCUUGAGGUCAGACGUGGAAGGUCGUGAGUGGUUUUGAGUAAGACGGUCACUCGGAGUAUGAUUCAAAGAUAAAAUCCCUUCAGUUAUUUUGAAGGAGAGUCUAUCUGAAGAGUAUACUAUUGUACUAUCUGAAGUGUUUAUCUUUUUAUUCAAUGUUUGUUUUUUUUCUUCUUCUUGAUUUCUGAUCUUUUUUUAUACGUGAUUUUUAUGUUUUUACAUGCAAACGAUUUUUGUUUGUAGAGAUCACAAAUGUAAAGGUAAAGAUUAUAAUACCAUGCUGCCAAGCGCACCAUUUCUUUUGUUACAAUUCUUUUUAUUUAAACAUUAUACAUAGCUAGCUAGCUACAUUGGUUAGCUAAAACCUUUUUUCAUAAUGUAUUUUUCUAACAUUGCUUCCAGUUUGAUGUUGAUCACAGAAUAAUAAAUGAGACAGUUUUAGUAAGAUACUUUAUAAAUAUUAUGGAUAUGAGUGAAUAUAUGGAGUAGAGGAUGGAGCGUGCUUUACUCCUGGACCAGGCUUCGUAAAUACUAAUUGUAGUGACUGUUUUAUUCUUUUUGCUCCUGAAAUUAUAUAAAAAAAUGUUCCACAUUGAA